AUGACCCUCGCUGGCCCGGGACCAGUUGUGGCGGGGUGCUUCCCAAAGACCACCAUUCCUUUUCCGUUGUCCCGCAGAGACCUGGUUCCUAAGAGGCGCAAGUCGCUUGCAACCAGAUGGACUGGGAAGAGCAUCCCCAAGUUCAGAAUUUUCAGCUCAGCUUCGGACUCGGCUCCAAUAUCCAACGAGUGCGCUCCAGUUGGAGAGGAUCCCGAAUCUACCCAGCUGUUUGAGGUGUGGACUAAUUUUCAGUGGAAAAUGCUCCCUGUUUUAAUGACCUGUUGUAGCGUGGGUUUUUUUUAUUCGAGUUUACAAUACGAUCCGUGGGUCCUCGGUUAGAUGCAAACCCAAUAUAGGACGUUCCUAGAGAUGAUUGGAUGAUUAACAAUGGGGUUCAGAUGCUUUCCUGAUGGAUCAAAAUCUUUAGCGGAUGCUUAUAAAUACUACAAGUCUUUAGAAUCUUAGAAGUUUUUAGCGGAUGUCUGUUCUGAAUGAAACAUUAUCAUGCUAAGUAUAGCCAUUUAGGAAUCAUUAGCAAAGUGGAUGGCUGUACGUAGCCAACCUCCCUUGUCUGUUGGCAAGUUGACAGGCUUCAAGAGAAUUCAUUCCUUAAGCAUGUCUAGAGGCCUUUUUACAAGUUUCCAGGCGUUUAUGGACGUCAAUACGCGAUUUACCUCGCUAAUUUUCAUGUUCAUUAAUCAAACCUUUUGUAUAUCGACCGUUUUGCUUGAGCAUGCACCGUAUCACUGCAUGUUAACAUGAAAAAAAGAGUGUGCAAAGAUUUGCUGAUGUUUUAUCCGUUGCUAUUAUUAAUGUUUUAUUUUGGUCUUUAGUUGUGGAUCAAGUAUGGAAUAAUUUAAACAUGUAUGCAGAAGCUGAAAAAUGCAGAGAGAGAACGCAUCAACAGAUUAGAAGACUUCGAAAGAAAGGCUGAUAUGCAGUUGGAGAGACAGCUUGUUUUGGCUUCAUCUUGGAGUAGAUCAUUGCUGAAAUUUCAAGGGAAAUUGAAAGGAACCGAGUGGGAUCCAGAAAAUUCACAUAAAAUCGACUAUAGUGAAUUUUGGAGGCUCCUUAAUUCGAAUAAUGUUCAGUUCAUGGAGUAUUCAAAUUUUGGUCAAACUGUCUCUGGUAAGUCUUUUAUACUCUUAUUUAAGUUUCUUAUCUUGGAAUAUCAUACCAGCUUCUAAUGUUUAAUGGAAGUACUGAAUCAUUUUCACAUUCACAACCACCGGACAUUACAAUCAAGCUAUUGCUGAGGAUGCCUAUCGUCUGGUAAAAAUUAUAUCACUGUUUCCCCCAGGAAAGGAAUCUAGGGUAGUUGCCGUACACAAAUUAAUACAAAUGCCUGCAAGUGAGAGAGCGCAUUGAAAAUGAGAGGUGGGGUUUGAAGACGGGAAUUGAAACAUCUAAAUGGAUUCCCAUUGUCAGUUUUGGUACAGAUCACAUACUUCGUGAGACCGAAUCACUUUUUCCUUAUCCCCAUAUUGUCUUUAUCAGUUUUUGCAUCUUAAAUACCUCUAGGUGAAUGUGGGCAAUACUCCUGAAACUGAUCCUGCUGGAUUUCUGCUGGGCAAACUGAAAGGUAUAGACUCCUAUUGAUACUGACAAAUCCUUUCCCAUAUGACUUGAUGAUGUUAGUCCCAUCGCCAGUUAGACUAUAGUUAUUGUUCAACAGAGAUGUGACAACUAAGACGGAUUCAGAACUGCGGCUUUGAAGAAAUGCAGCUAAAGUUCUAUUUUUAUCAUAAAGUUAACAUCUAAACACAGCUAAAUACAGAGGCUUAUAAAGUUAACGUGCAACCUUGCUGGAAUAGUAGAAAAAAUUCUUCGGAUUCUCUUUUCUGGCAGAUUCUUCCGGAAUAGUAGAAAAACUGCCUUGAACUUACAUCAUUGAUGACUUAUCCUAUCCUCUUUACUUCUGCAUUGGUGUCUUCAGUAAUUGAGUUAUCUAUGAAAAUUCUAUCAUUUUUGGCGCUCAAUCCUCUAAAAUAAUCAUCAAAUUCAUAAUCCAUGUCCAUAUUGAAGGAGAAAUCACCACGUCAUCCACGUCAUAUGAGUCUUAUGCCAUUGAUUUGGGUGCGGCUAGAGCUAAUGUAGGGUUCAAUAAUUUGAAUAAGUCUCCCGAUCAAUUACCUACCUGAUAUCUAUCCUCUACAAUUGAAUCACCUGAUAAUGUUAGCUUUUUAUUGGAGUGUCAGUCAAAUCCCUUAGCAUCGUUCAAUGUCUCUGUGAAUUUCAAAGAGAGAUUUUAAGUAAACACAAGUUUAUAGUGAGAAGUGGCUGCAGAACAGUUCUGUUGAUCUCACUCUCCUUCAAAUUCAUUGAAAAAUGGUAAAGGUAAUUUAAUGAGAUAAUUUUUUUUGUUUAAUUCCUGGAAUUUCCAAUGAAUAAUUUUUCUUGUUCAAUAGUCUUAUAUCAUUUUACAUUAAUUUAAAUAACGCUUCCUUCUGUUGGAGAACUAUUUGUAACAAAAGAAUUAGGCUAUAAUGUUGAUGGGAUAGAAGAUGGAAAAUAUGAUAUAUUAUUGAAGAAUAAUCAAUAUUCUCAUAGUAAGGUUUGGUAUUAGAAUUCUAUUGAGAAAUUCAAUAAUUUAUGACCAGUGAUAAAUCAAUGUGAGUAAAUCUACAUAAUUCAGAAAUACAAAUCGGAUCAGAUAAAGCUAAUACAGAAAUCUUAGAGGUAGACUUGCAGGAUGGACAUGUAAACUUCGUUAUGGGGAGGAAAACUAGUGCUACGAGAGACUAAACUAUCUAGCCUCCCAAUCUAUUUUGUCUAAUUUUGAAUCUCCUUAUCACUGGUCUUCACAACCAGAAUGGGAGAACGUGAGGGAGGGGAACAUAAUCCGUAAUUUUCUCCCCCACUGAGGGGGGACAAUGAUUUUGGGGGGAAGUAAGGAUACUCUGGAACCGGAGAAACUUUAUGUGAUAAUGGAAAAAAAAUGAGAAAGAAUAAAUACCUAUCUUAAACUGCAGAUGCUGUGCAACAUUUUACUUCCUUGUAAGAAGAAACACACAGCUUUUUGUUCUCUCCUCUUCAUCCGAAGGCCUCAUUUCGCUCCAUGGAAGGCUAACAUACAGGGCAAAGGGUGAAAAGAGCAUUAUCCAGGAAGAGUGGAUUGGUUGAACCUGGAAGAAUUUUAUCUCCCCUCUUUACGAUGUGUAUUAUGUUGUCUGAAAAUGAUGAUAUAGCUGUAUCCAUUGGCAGUGGUAAUCAGAUAAGAAUAGACCCAUGUUCGUAAGUAAAAAAGUGAAACUAUGGUUAGAAAGAUAAAACUUCUCCGGUCAUAGCCAAUUAAUUCUGAGUUGUUUGUCCUAAGGGCAUUAUGAUGUCAUUAACACGCCUUCCUAUUUAUGCAGUGAUAUUACCGUAUUACAAAGACGAAACGAAAGAAGGGUCUGUGGGUUCUGGCAGGGAAAUUAUUUUCCGUCGCCAUAUUGUUGAUCGAAUGCCAAUUGAUUGCUGGAAUGAUGUUUGGCAGAAGCUACAUCAACAGCUCAUACACGUUGAUGUUAUUAAUGUUAAUUCAGUGCCUGCUGAAGUAUACUCCACAAUUGCGACUGCUGUUAUCUGGUCUAUGCGCUUUGCAAUAUCAAUUGCUUUGUACCUCUGGAUUGAUAACUGGGCGAGGCCUAUCUAUUCUAAGUUGAUUCCCUGUGAUCUGGGUGUUCCUGAGAAAAAAGCUAGGACGCCUUUGAAACGCCGCGCACUUGGAUCUUUGGGAAAGUCCCGGUGAGUGGUGGAUUUUGAGACUUUGUCAUUCUUGACUUCCACAUUAAUUUUUCAAUCCUAGCUAAUUCUGUUUCUGGUAGGUUUUGAAUCAAAUCGUUCAGUCAUCGCAAUGCUAUAAGAUCCGUUUUUCUAUACAUUUUUCGUGUGACCGUUCAUCAUGCAAGGUGGAAUUAGCUAUUGCAAUUGGAGUUGAUUAAUAUACAUGGCAUAGGCAUUGUCUGAUUACGGGAAUGAAGAAGAAGAAUGUGCAGAAAUCUUCCUAAUUAGGUUGAUUCUGCUUAUCCAAUCAGCUAAUUUAGAUUGGGGUUGGCUGAUCAUCUUCAUCUUGUCAUAACUUAACUUGCUGACCACUCAAAGCAAUUUAAUUUCCUUUAUUUUUAUGGAAUCUCCAUAACACUUGUGUUAUAUGUUACCAAACUUUCUAUUCUGUGACUCAAUUCUUCUAGGUUACCCUUGAAUUGAAAUUCGGUUCUGUUAUGGUACCCUUGAAAAUUGAUUCAGGGAAGUUUGUCUUAGACUUACUUUUCAACUCACAAGAUGGUCCACAGUUAAAUUUUUUCUCUUAGUACAAUAUUUAGCCCUUUAAAUUGGUGUAGAAAUACUGUAUGAUAAUAGAUCUAUCGCCUUGGGUCCUGUUUUGGUUAAUGUUCAAGCCUUGAAAGUGGGAUUCAAGGCUGAUUCGGAGAGGAAUGAGGUUUGUUACUCUGCACUGUAACUCACCUUCCCGUCUAUAUCUGACUCGAGUUAGUUUAAAAAUUACAGAUCUGGUUCAUAUGGCAAUGCGUUGAUCCAUUUACGUCGUUCAUAUCAUUCAUUUAUCAUGUAUGUGUUCUUUUUGACAUCUGCUAAAUUACCACUAUUACCUCUGGCAUGCAUUUCACUGGUUUUUCUGAAUAUAUGAUUUAUUCUGGGGGAUUUACGUUACUCUUCUUCCUAAUCGGUUUUUACUUUGGUACUUAGUUCAAUUAUGACGCUUAUACGGAGGGCCAAUCCCUUGAUGUUUUGUGGUAACAGGGCAAAAUUCAUAUCAGCAGAAGAAACUACGGGUGUCACAUUUGAUGAUUUUGCAGGCCAAGAGUAUAUAAAGAGAGAACUGCAAGAGAUAGUGCGGAUCCUUAAAAAUGAUGAGGAAUUUCAAGAUAAAGGCAUCUACUGCCCUAAAGGAGUCCUCCUUCAUGGGCCACCUGGCACAGGAAAAACCCUACUUGCUAAAGCUAUUGCUGGAGAGGCUGGGCUUCCUUUCUUUGCAGCAAAUGGAACUGAUUUUGUGGAGGUGAAGCUGAGAUUCUUUUUAAAUAUUCCUUUAUAUGAUUUAAAAUCUAUGAAAGAAUGGUGCAUGGAAUGUAUGGACCUUGUGACAUUCGGGAGUAAGACGUGUUUUAUUUGGUCGAACAACAGUAAUGUUGAUCGAUCCCAAAUAUUUCAUUUUCCUUGGGCACGGUAAUAUACUAUCAUUUGUAGGUCCUGUGACUUAGCUGUUUAUGAUUAUGUUCUGCAUAAUAUGUUUUCUGGUUGAAUAUCAAUCGAGAACGGAUCUAAUUUUUGAUGGUUCAUGGAAUCUGGGAAGGUUAUCAUGAUUAUUUCCAAAGUACAGUAUUCAUUCAUGUCAAACGAGGUUCUUCUGUGGUUAGAGCACUAUAUGGAGCCUCUGUGUCGCAUUUGUGAAAUUUCUUCAUCUACAAUCUUGCCUCUGCGUGUACUUUUUAUACCCUUUAUUGUUUUAGCUUUGCUUCAUAGAAAAUGGGAGGUUAAUCCUUCAUUUGGGUUAAUAUCACUUUGACAUCUCACACAUGAAUCUCCAGAUGUUUGUAGGUGUUGCAGCCGCACGAGUUAAGGAUCUUUUUUCAAGCGCUAGAUCAUUUUCACCGUCAAUAAUAUUUAUUGAUGAGAUUGAUGCAAUUGGUAGCAAGCGUGGUGGUCCUGAUGUUGGUGGGGUGAGAUCUAUUCUGGUUUUUCGUAGUUCUCAUUAUUCUUCGAGUCCAUAACUAGAAAGUGUACAAGAUGAAGGUCCAUGUAUGGAUUUGUUCGGUUGGGAUUUUCUUUUGAUUUUAUUGGUUCUCAUCGUGUUGAAGUGCUCAAUGAUGUAUUGACAUUAAGUUUUCAUGGCCAUGAAUGAGAAUUCUCUAAGAUUAUGUUUUCAUUAUAAUUCUUCUUUUCCUUUAGAAGUCUACUAAUUUUUUCAUUCCGUUGAAAAGAUUUAUCUUGAAUAAUAUCAGAUAGUUCACUCCAUUAACCAAAAAUCUUUCAACCGUAUGUAUCACAGGGUGGUGCUGAAAGGGAGCAAGGUCUGCUUCAGAUAUUGACCGAGAUGGAUGGAUUCAAGGAAUUUACAUCACAGGUAUAAUUUGGCAUGUUAGUUAUUCGAGUUACGAUCAAGGACUUAUGAUAGUCACACUGCUAAAAUCAGCUUUUCAGGUAUUAGUGAUUGGUGCAACUAAUAGAUUGGACAUACUGGACCCUGCUCUUUUGAGAAAGGGGCGCUUUGACAAAAUUAUCAGGGUUGGCUUGCCAUCAAAAGAUGGUAGACUGGCCAUAUUACAGGUCUGUUCCCGUCUAAUUUGAGUUGCCAUUUACAGAAAUUUUCUUAUGUUGUCAUGUUACUCUCCUGACAGCCCAACUAUGUGAUAGGUACAUGCAAGGAACAAGUUUUUCCAGUCUGAAAAGGAAAAGGAUAUUCUUCUUCAGGAGAUUGCAGAGCUGACAGUAGACUUCACGGGUGCUGAGCUUCAGAACAUACUGUAGCUGCCAAGACUUAACUUUCUAAUUAUUCGUUUCGUUCUUCAGUAGCUGUUCUUUUGAUGAUUUUUUGACCGGUUGGCAGGAACGAGGCUGGAAUUUUGACUGCUCGGAAGGAUCAGGACUACAUUGGACGGGAAGAAUUAUUGGAAGCGUUGAAGAGGGUAGAAAUUUGCAUCAUGCCAUUUAAAGCAUCAAGGAAAUGCUUCCUCUAAUCUUGACUAGAAUAUAGUUUAAACUAAAACUCCACUCUUCUACACUAUACAGCAAAAAGGUACUUUUGAAACUGGUCAAGAAGACAGUACCGAAAUUCCUCAUGAGCUGAACCUGAGGAUGGCAUACAGAGAGGCAGCUGUGGCUGUUCUUGCAUGUUACUAUCCAGAUCCUCAUCGUCCUUUUGUUGAGGUCCAUAAAGAAAACUGUCCACAUUGAACUUGGUCUUCUGGAUAUUUUUUUUAUGAUGAUUCACUUUCCUCAAGGGUUGAUUAGUAAACUGAAAAACCAAUGUUUGUUACAGACAGAUAUAAAUGCCAUUCGUAGCAAGCCAAAUAUGCGUUAUGCAGAAACAUCUGGAAAAGCCUUCUUGAGGAAAUCAGAUUACGUUUCUUCUAUUGUGCGAGCAUGUGCACGUAAGUUGAAUCAUUUUGCCUCUUUCACCUGUUUAUUCGGAAAUUUACGGCAUGUCGCUUCUAGAUCAAAUCCAUAGGAGUCAUUUCCUGACAUCCUUUAUUGUCCAAUUACAUAUGCUUUGUACUAGACAAGGGGAACCAUAGAAUUCGAAUUGGAAGCAAUGUAUUGUCUUCCCUCAUAGAAGACCUUGGGCAAGAGUAGAAGACUUAUUGGCUGAAAUUUUGAUCCUUAUUCUCAUAGUUUUUCUUCUGAAAAAGAAGUGAUAAUUAUGGAUAUUCACUUCCCUCCACAUCAAAUAAUAGUGAUCAUUUAUUUUCUUUGAAUAGAGCACACUGCAGGCACUCUGAUGCACUGAGUACAUAAUUUUAUGUCAUUAUCCAAUAGCUUUUGAUUAGUAAUGAGUGCAUCAGCCUUUUGAAAUCAUUCUUUGAAUUCACAAUAACUCAGCAACGUGAACAAAGUUAUUGUUUCUUAUACUUGAAGAGGGCUCUUGAGAAUCUAUUGGAGGUCAUUAUUGAACAUUUUUAUGUUUCUUACUAUCUUAAGCCUUUGGUUACUAAUAUAUAUAUCGAUUUACCUCCCAUCUCCGAAAAGAAAAAAAGAUUCUAGCCUGCAAAAAGGAAGCCUGUAAAGAGAUGUGGUUUCGUUCAUUGUUGUGAUUAUGGAUGUGUUGCCUUGCUGUUAUAUACACGAUCUACAAAUGUAUCACAUUGAAUAGCGUCGGGAACUCAAGAGAAAAUUACUAGAGAUACUGGUUACUUUCGAGAGAAAUCAUUACUCCCUUUUAAAUGCUUUAAUAAGCUGUGCAUGCCCAAACUCUUCCCAAAGAUCCUACCAAAUGGGUGAAUAUACAGAAACCAUAAAUACUUUGAAUAUCUGGUUCGUCCAGCUGCUGGCAGAAGGAAACUUUUAUUUGGGCUUCGAAUUCUUAGCUCCAAAAUAUCAAUCCAGUCAUUGGAAUUUUGUGAUUGUGCCAUUAGUUUCAACUUAUUGGUUCCACAAAAUUUCUGUCCCAUUAUUUGCGGUUAGAUUAUUUUCAUUUAUGAUGCAUCUGCUAAUUACCUAAAUUGACAGCAAGAGUGAUUGAGGAGGAGAUGUUCGGCAUAGACAACUUGUGUUGGAUAUCUGCGAAGGCCACAUCUGAAGCUUCAAGGCUCACAGAAAUGUUGAUCCUCCAGACGGGAAUGACAGCGUUUGGGAAAACAUUUUAUAGAACUCAAAGUGAUCUAGUACCAAAUGUAUGUUAAGCCUUUAACUACAUCACACCUCAUUCAUGCUCGGAUUUGAUUCUGCAAAUAAGUAUCUUUAUAUGCAUCGUGAGAACUUGUGUGAAUUUACAGCUUGCACCGAAGUUGGAGGCACUUCGAGAAGAAUACAUGCGUUUUGCUGUCGAAAAAUGUGCAUCGGUGCUGAGGGAGUAUCGCUCAGCAGUGGAGACCAUUACUAGUAGAGAAUCCUGCUUCCUCUUUGUUCACUUUUUUUCUUAAUUUAGUUCAAAAUUUUCUUGAAUUAUCAUUGUCUGGCAUACAACUAGGAUGUCUAUUCUGUAUGUGAUGAGACCUCACUUUCUGGCAUCGGUUCAUGACAUUUAAUGACGAUAUAGAUAAUACAAUCUAUGUUCCCUCGACUUUCAGAUAUUUUGCUCGAGAGAGGGGAGAUUAAGGCAGAGAAAAUUUGGGAAGUCUACAAGAAGGCCCCGCGAAUUCCUCAGGUAAAAUGAGCUAAUGUUUUUCAAUAAGAUUAUCAACAUUUCUUCUAUAAAAUGUUAGACCUAAUUAUUGUAUCCCACUGUCCUUUAUCGAAUUUAUGCUCAUUGUCAUAUUAUGCUCUUCAUAUGCUUGGUGCCGGUGAGGCCUAUUUUAUCAUACAUAUCUCUCUCCAAUGCCAAACCACAAGUUGUGGGAUUUCUGAAGUAGGCAUCCACCAAGGUUUUUACAGAAUUCCACUACAUGUUGGUCCUUAAUUGGUCACAUUUGACUGCUUUAUAUUAGACACUUAAAAAACCAGUCCAUUCAGUUCCUUUGAAUAGUUCUAUUGAUUUGGUCCCAAUUUUUCUGGUGGCACUUGGCCAAACAGUCAUCUAUCAAAUACAUGUGACCAUGCCCAAUUCAUCAAUGCCCAAUGCAUGUGACUUCAACUUGUUUGCUCAUUGUUGCAGGCACCUGUGCACCCUGUUGAUGAGUAUGGCGCGCUUGUUUAUGCUGGAAGAUGGGGGAUUCAUGGGGUUUCCCUGCCCGGAAGGCUAACUUUUGCCCCAGGGAAUGUGGGCUUCUUUACGUUUGGCGCUCCCCGACCAAUGGAGGUUAGCAGCUUAGUAUCCUGAUUGGUUUGUGCUGGGUUCAAGCUCUUCCAUGCUGCAGCUAAUGCCUGCGAGGGUGUUGUCUAUGUGCAGACCCAGAUUAUCAGCGAUGAAGCUUGGAAGCUGGUUGACAACAUUUGGGAAAAACGAGUGCAGGAAAUCGACGAAGAGGUUUCUAUACAGAUCGAAGAAGAGACAGAAAAACCGCAACUCUUGCUGGCCGACCACAUCCUCUGA